AUGGCUCCUCAGGCUCCUACAACAAGCGCAGAGACCACUCCAAUACUGUCCCGGCUGCAGACCAUUGCUUUUACGUACCCUCUGCAGCUCAUCGCUGCCUUCAUACUCUUCCGGGUGCUUUGGAACAAAUUUCAGCGACAUCUGGUGUCGAUUCCUGGGCCUACGCUAGCAGCGUAUACCAAAUUCUGGAGACUUUACGACGUCUACAAAGGGAAGGCGCAUUUGACGGCAAUAGACGUGCACAGGAAAUAUGGGCCGCUUGUUCGCAUUGCCCCUAACCACGUCUCCGUCGCAGAUCCAUCCUACAUUCCGAUCAUCUAUAACAUCAAAGAAAAUUUUACCAAGACCGGCUUCUACCCGAUCCAAUGCAUUUCAUGGAAGAAGCAGCCAGAAAUGAACCUAUUUUCUACACGGGAUCCAAACUACCAUCGAGUGGAAAAACGUAAAGUCGGUGCAGCAUACAGCUUGCCAAACCUGCUCGAGUCCGAAGAUGCCAUCGACUCUUGCAUCACCCUGUUUACGCAGAAACUCAACGAGUUCGCGGCAAAGAAGACUCCGGUUGACCUUGGGGCCUGGCUGCAGUAUUUCGCUUUCGAUGUUGUUGGCGAGGUCACUUUUGCCAGCAAGCUUGGGUUUUUGGACCAAGGACAAGACGUGGAUGGCAUGAUGAAGGCCAUCGAAGGGAUGCUUACCUACGCAGCCCUCUGCGGGCAGGUGCCUGAAUAUCACAAGUUCCUUCUCGGAAACCCUCUAUUCUCUAUGCUGAUGCCAGCGAUGGAGACCUGGAACCAGGUGCUUGUUUUCACACUCAAAGCGAUCAACGGACGUGCAUCGAUUAAACGGGAUGGAGAGCUUAUCAAUGCCGAUGCUGGAGGGCGAGACAUGCUUUCAAGGUGGGCUUAUGUCAAGUCUUCGGACCCUGACAAGAUGAGCACUCGCGAUAUCAUUGUCCAUUUGUCGACAAACGUCUUUGCCGGAAGUGACACGACGGCGAUUGCUCUGCGAGCAUUCAUCUACUACUUGUGCAAACACCCUAAGUGCAUGGCUAAGGUUGUGGAAGAGAUCGACAAAGCCGAUAAACAAGGCAAAUUAAGUUCGCCCAUCAAGUACAAGGAAUCGACGAACGAAUUGCCAUACUUCAACGCCGUGCUGAAGGAAUCAAUGCGCAUUCACCCUUCUGUAGGACUGCUUAUGGAGCGACAUGUCCCACCUGAGGGAGUCGAGAUUGACGGACACUUCAUCCCUGGCGGCACCAUUGUCGGCAUCAACCCUUGGGUCACGAACCGAGACCCAGCCAUCUUCCCGGAUCCUGACGAGUUCAAGCCCGAGAGGUGGUUGAACACUUCAGACGCCCAGUUGAAGCAAAUGGACAAUAUCCUCGAAUUGAAUUUUGGCGCUGGCAGCCGCAAGUGCAUCGGACGCAACAUAUCCAUCAUUGAGAUGCAGAAAGUGCUGGCCCAGCUAUUGAGAGACUUCAAGAUCGAGUUGACGCACCCGGACAAGGAGUGGCAUAUUGUUAACCACUGGUUUGUGCAGCAGGAGGGCGUCAUUUGCAAUUUGACCAGACGGACGAAAGCGUGA